AGUGAGUUCUGCAGUAAAGACAAAUUUGUCAUCACUCUAGAAAAGACAAGCAAGGAUGAAGGUCUACGGUGUUUUAGCCGUUCUUGCCAUUACUUUGACGACUUUAGUUCAAGCAGAUGAUUAUUCUAAUGACCCUAGUUCAGCUGAAGUGGCAGUGGCACUGUCUAGAAUAUCCCAUGGAAAAUUGUAUAUUAGCGCUGAAAAGAAAAAUUGGCAAGAUGCUAAUCGUUCAUGCGAAAUGCAAAAAAUGGAACUAGCAAGCAUUAAGACCGAAGCUGCGGAGAUGGAAAUUAGAACUGCAAUAGCGGAUAACCAGGAAGUGUUUUGGAUAUCUGGUACUGAUUUUGGGUCUAGGGGAAUUUUUGACUGGGAAUGGAUUGACCGUGCACUCAAAUCAGAUAUAAAAGAAGAGCCAAAGAACACUACCACCAUCCAAUGCACAAAUCUCUGGUACACUGAAGAAAGAGGACUUUUGUGGAAGGACAGCCCCUGCCACUUGCUAUAUAGAUUUAUUUGUGAGCUUGGACAGUUGGAUUAAAAAAAAAACCAUUAUAUGAAUCGAAAAUUGGACUGAAGUUUGAUUUAACAAGGGAGCAGAACAAAUAAUUAAUAA